GCGCGGUGGGCGCGCGCCGUGCGACGUCACCGCGCCCGCGCCGUGCAGCCGGCCCGGGGGCUUUCGGGAAGGCGGAGGAUGAGCGGUCCGGUGAGGCCGCUUCCGGAGUCCUGCGGCCCCGCGAUUUACAGCACUGAAGAGUCUCCAUUUCCUUCCGUGUUUCCCUAGAAAUAAACUGAGUCAUGGAAAUCUGAAAAUUUUUAUAAAAAAUGCAGUUUAAAUACUAUGGAGUGUACUUUUGUGUAUGAAUAGUUAUAUAAAUAUUGAGUUCUCAAAAAAGGCUAGUUAGUAUGGUACAUUUGUUAACAGGAAUGCUGUGGUAAAACAGGCUUGUUAGAUACUUGUGGUAACAGAAGAGAGCUAUGUCUUCAUAAAGUGCUUCAUGCUUAUAACAGACUUAGUGAAGCUAAGUGGACUUUUAAAAAUGCAGUCUACUCAAGUUUAUGGACAAAAUACUGUCUGUUGACCAGAUAUAUUAAAAUAAUAGACACAGGAAGGAUUAAGGUUGUGACAUAUAAGAUUUAACAGGUGAGAUUAAUAACAGUUUAAGCUUUAAGCAAAGGUCAUUCACCACAUAUACUGUAGUCUUAAUAGGUGUGUUAACUUCCCCAGAAGGUAACUGAGAUUAGUAUAAACCACUUUAGGAAAUACUGUGAUGAUGAGCUGUGUGAAAUUAGCUUUUAGGAAAUGUGGCCAUGUGGAAAGUUUACUUAUUUGUAUUUGGUAGACAGUAGAGUAGGUUUGGACCUUGUGUUAAAGUCCUUAUAAGGGGAAAAAGCUUGCAUUUAAUUUUUCCAAUAUAGUCAGCACUUGACAGUAUAUCUUUAUUUCAUAACUUUUAACGAAGGUAAAUUAUGGUUAAAUAGCUCUUGGGUUACCUAGAAGAGUUCAUGUGAUCCUAGAGUCGUGAGUGCUUAGUGUGAGGUUGUGAGAGGCUUCACAAGUACAGUUUAAGCUGUCAGAUAGUCUCACCACUCAUGCACAAAGCUCUCUCCCAAAGAGUUGUCCGAGGUGCCUGACACCAAAACCCACAAGUAUAAUGGAAAGCAGCCCAGCCCUGCCAGACUGGACAAGAGAGAGCAAAGAAAAAAUGAAGUACGACUUUUCAUGUGAGCUGUACCGCUUGUCCACGUUCUCGGCUUUCCCCGCUGGGGUUCCUGUCUCGGAAAGGAGCCUGGCUCGCGCUGGCUUCUACUACACGGGCGUCAACGACAAGGUCAAGUGCUUCUGCUGCGGCCUGAUGCUGGACAACUGGAAGCAAGGCGACAGUCCCGUGGAGAAGCACAGACAGCUGUACCCCAGCUGCAGCUUUGCCCGCACCCUGCUCUCUGCUAGUCUGCAGUCCCCAUCCAAGGACACAGCCCCUGUGAGAAGUGGGCUUACACAUUCGUUACCUGUUCCCGAACGAGCUGGCGCUCACUCCAGCCUGUCCUCAAACCCUCUUAAUUCCAGAGCAGUGGAAGACUUGUCAUCCAGGACAAAUCCCUGCAGCUAUGCCAUGGUUACUGAAGAGGCCAGGUUUCUUACCUACAGUGCGUGGCCAUUAAGCUUCCUGUCCCCGGCCGAGCUGGCCAGAGCUGGCUUCUAUUACAUAGGACCUGGAGACAGGGUGGCCUGCUUUGCCUGCGGUGGGAAACUGAGCAACUGGGAGCCAAAGGAUGAUGCCAUGUCAGAGCAUCGGAGACAUUUCCCCAACUGUCCAUUUCUGGAAAGUUCUUCAGAAACACAGAGGUUUAGUGUAUCAAAUCUGAGCAUGCAGACACACACUGCCCGAAUGAGGACGUUUCUGUGCUGGCCGUCCAGUGUUCCUAUCCAGCCUGAGCAGCUUGCAAGUGCUGGCUUUUACUAUGUGGAUCGCAACGAUGAUGUCAAGUGCUUUUGUUGUGAUGGUGGUUUGAGAUGUUGGGAGUCUGGAGAUGACCCCUGGGUAGAACAUGCCAAAUGGUUUCCAAGGUGUGAGUUCUUGAUACGGAUGAAGGGGCAGGAGUUUGUUGAUGAAAUUCAAGCUAGAUAUCCUCAUCUUCUUGAACAGCUGUUGUCCACUUCAGACACCCCAGGAGAAGAAAAUGGCGACCCUCCAAUUGUGCACUUCGGACCUGAUGAAAGUUCAGAAGAUGUGGUCAUGAUGAACACGCCUGUGGUUAAAGCGGCUUUGGAAAUGGGCUUCAGUAGGAGCCUGGUAAGACAGACAGUUCAGCGUCAGAUCCUGGCCACUGGCGAGAGCUACAGGACGGUCAGCGACCUCGUGUCAGCACUUCUUGAUGCUGAGAGUGAAAGGAGAGAGGAGGAGGAGGAGAGACAGACUGAAGAAACCGCGUCAGGUGACUUGUCAUUAAUACGGAAGAAUAGAAUGGCCCUCUUUCAGCAGUUGACAUGUGUCCUUCCUCUCCUGGACAGUCUUCUUGAGGCCAGUGUGAUUACUAAACAGGAACAUGAUAUUAUUAGACAGAAAACACAGACACCCUUACAAGCAAGAGAGCUGAUUGACACUGUUUUAGUCAAAGGAAAUGCUGCAGCCAACAUCUUCAAAAACUGUCUGAAGGAAAUCGACUCCACAUUAUAUGAAGACUUAUUUGUGGAAAAGAAUAUGAAGUAUAUUCCAACAGAAGAUGUUUCAGGCUUGUCACUGGAAGAGCAGUUGCGGAGAUUGCAAGAAGAACGAACUUGCAAAGUGUGUAUGGACAGAGAGGUUUCUGUUGUGUUCAUUCCUUGUGGUCAUCUGGUAGUCUGUCAGGAGUGUGCCCCUUCCUUGAGAAAGUGCCCCAUCUGCCGGGGUACAAUCAAGGGGACUGUGCGCACAUUUCUCUCAUAAGUGAAGAGUGGCUUUAAAGUAUUGUUGGACACCAGAAGUCGUCUGCACAAAUAGUGGAUUACUGAUUCAACCAAUACAUUCAUGUUUGCUCUUCAGAAUUAAUGAUCUUGCUUCGUGAAAGGUAGUGCUGUGUAUUGACUCUUGAUCUGUUUGCUUGGAAGGGAACGUCUGUGCCGAUGAGCUAAGGGAGUAUGUGUGUAUAAGAAUAGGAGUGGCAGUGCUGUGGCUUGCUGUGUCAUUCACGAGUUACUGGAUUUGGAGGUGGUGUGGAGCUCAGAAGUUCUGGAAAGCAGUAGUCCUGGCACUCAGCAGUUAGGGUGCCCCAUGCUUCUUGGUGCUUUUCCUUUCUGGAAAAUAAGGAUUUUUCUGUUACUUGGUAAAUAGGAUUCCCCAGGUUGUGAGAAACAUAUUAAUAAAGUGUUUUUUAAAGGCUUGCA